CGGGCGAGGACAGGCAGCGCGCGGGGCAGCCCGGCGCUCCCAGCAGCCCGCGCGGCGCCGGGGGCCUGAGAGCACGGCGGCGCCAUGCCCAAGUCCAAGCGGGACCGCAAAGUCUCGCUGACGCGGACGCCCAGGAAGGGACUGGAAGCCAAGCAGGCGCUCAUCACCGAGCUGCGGAGAUGCGUAGACACCUACAAGUACAUCUUCGUUUUCUCCGUUGCCAACAUGAGGAACAACAAGCUGAAGGACGUACGGAACGCCUGGAAGCACAGCAGGAUCUUUUUCGGGAAGAACAAAGUGAUGAUGGUGGCGCUGGGACGUGAGCCAAGCAGCGAGUACAAGGAGAAUCUGCACAAGGUCAGCAAGCACCUGAGAGGUGAAGUCGGUCUCCUCUUCACUAACCGCACCAAAGACGAGGUGGACGAGUGGUUCUCCAAAUUCAAAGAGGUGGACUUUGCUCGCGCAGGGAACAAGGCGACAUAUACUGUGAGCCUGGACACGGGACCCUUGGAGCAGUUUCCCCACUCCAUGGAGCCUCAGCUACGGCAGCUGGGAUUGCCAACGGCGUUAAAGAAAGGAGUGGUGACGCUGCUUUCAGAUUAUGAAGUCUGCAAAGAAGGCGAUGUUCUGACCCCUGAACAAGCCCGCGUCCUGAAACUCUUCGGCUACGAGAUGGCAGAGUUUAAAGUCACCAUCAAAUUUCUGUGGAAUUCUGAGACUGGAGACUUCCAGAAGCUUGUGGGGGACACAACGGAGGAGGAAGAAGAGGAGGACGACAAUGACGACAGCAAUGAGGACUAGCAGCAGUCCUUGCAUUUGGACACCAGACAGUUCUGCUCUGUUUUAGAGACUGAAAGAGGAGGGUGUUUCCCUUCCCUGUUUGCACGUGGAGGAAAAGGACGAUUGGCCCAAAACCUAAUUAUGCUCUUUUUAAUAUAAAUUUAUCUAUAAAACCUCA